AUGCGGAAACUGACGAUUAUGUCGAGGGAUCGCUGCAAGGAAACGAGGGUCAGCCGAGCGCCAGCGCUGUUGGAGAAAGCAGGCCGGUGGGGGGGCUUCCCCCUCCCACAUGGCGACAAAAUCUGCCCCCCACUCCGCCGCCCGCCCCUGCGGGCCCCAGUGGCGGUCGCGCUGGCGCGGCUGAAUGCUGACGUGGCGUUCGUGGGAGCAGUAGGGGAUGACGAGGCGGGGAAUACAUUUCUGGAGAUUCUGGAGUCCAAUGGCGUGUCGACACGUGGCGUGGACAUGCGUGGUGGAUUAAGAACCGGAGCAAAGCUCAUCUCUUUGGAAAAAGCGGAAGCGCAAGCGAAGGAUGGAGCAUCAGGAGAAGAAUUAGAAUCACGAGGAGGAGAGGUGCUUAGAGGGGGGGUGAUAAUAAAGAAGAGCAACACCCGCUCGGCUUCGAAUGCAGGCACUGCAUGGCGUGCCCGCUUCCCAUUGGCUGAGGAAGCGCGUGACGUGGCAGGGCAGGAGGAAGGAGUAGGCGAGGAAGAGGAGGAGGAGAGACAGGAGUCAGGAGAGGGGAGGGGUGAUGGGGAGCGGAGAGUGAAGGCGCUGGCAGCAGCGGCAGCAUCCGGGGGAGGUGUAUCUGAGGACGCACAAGACGUGCUCAGACAGGCUUCGUGGAUUCACUGCACCUCCAUGUCUCUCGCCACCCCUUCCGACCGCACUGCACUCCUUGCCGCACUGGACGCCGCAGGCUGCCACCCACUCGCCUCCUCCCCUUCCUCACCACCACCUUCACACUCCCUCACCCCCUCCUCCCCGCACUCCUCCCCCCACUCUCCCCCAUCCCCUCCGCGCCUCUUUCUUGAUGUAAACCUCCCCCUCUGCCUCUGGGCCUCCCGAGCCUCAGCCUCGGCAGCGCUGGAUCCGGUUUGGCGCCGAGCCUCGGUGGUGGAGGUGUCCCGUGCCGAAGCUGAGUUCCUGGUUGGGGAGGAGCGUUUUUUGCGGCGGCGGCAGGCUCGGGUGCGAUAUGCUUCGGACUCGUACCUGACGCUGAGAGGAGAGAGGGAGGAGGGGGAGGGAGAGGGCGUGUAUCACUGGAAGCCGGAGGAACUGGCUGGGCUGUGGCAUGAAGGCAUGGAUUUACUACUGGUGACCCAUGGAACUAUGCAGGUGCACUACUAUGGGAGGGGCUUCCACGGGUGGGUGGAGGGCACAGAGGACGUGCUGAUUGCCGCCAUGACGUGUGAUCGCGCUGGGUCAGGGGAUGCCCUUGUGGCUGGACUCCUCCGCAAGCUCUCCACCAACCCUGCUAUCCUCCGCGAUCAAGAUGCGCUAGAGAGGGCCAUUCGCUUUGCCAUUUCCGCCGGAGUCAUCUCCUCCUGGACCACCGGGGCUGUCAGGAGCUUCCCAUCUGAGGAAGCCGCUCAGAACCUCACCGAACAAAUGUUCCUGCCUUCCAUGAUUUAA